AGUUAUUAUCGAUAGUGUGUGUGAGAGAGAUGUCAGCAAUGAUAGCCACAAUGAUGAGCGUAUCGCCGGGAAUACCUCCCCGGCCGGCAAUCCAAACAAGUCCGAGUUCAACAUCAGUCCCCAUGAAAACAAUACCAGGUGAUUAUGGGUGGCCUUUGAUCGGAGCAAUAGGAGACAGACUAGACUAUUUCUGGUUUCAAGGUGCGGCGAAAUUUUACCAGAAACGGAUGGAAAAGCACCAGAGCACGGUGUUCCGUACAAAUGUACCACCGUCGUUCCCGUUCUUCACCGGUGUUAAUCCGAACGUGGUGGCGGUUCUGGACUGUAAGUCUUUUAGUUAUUUGUUCGAUAUGGAGCUUGUGGAGAAGAAGAAUAUUCUUGUUGGAGAUUUUAUGCCGAGCGUAGAUUACACCGGCGGAAUACGAGUUUGUGCUUACCUUGACACUGAUGAAGACAAACACUCUAAGAUCAAAAGAUUCGCCAUGGACAUACUAAAAAGAAGCUCAAGCAUAUGGGUUCCAACCCUUUCUUCCAAACUUGACACCAUGUGGGACACCAUUGAAUCUUCUCUCUCCUCCUCAACCUCCGUAAGCUACCUCGUACCCGUCCAAAAAUUCCUCUUCAGCUUCUUCUGCCGGAGCCUCGCCGGCGCCGACACCUCCCUCUCCCCUGACAUCGACGAAAACGGUUACAUUAAAUUAGACUUAUGGCUAGCCCUACAAACCCUCCCCACCGUCCCAAUCGGUUUAUUUCAACCCUUAGAAGAAAUCUUUCUCCAUUCAUGGGCAUACCCAGCUUUCCUAGUAUCCAACGGUUAUAACCAGGUGGCGGAUUUCAUCGAGAAGGAAGGAGCAGAAGUGAUCCAACGAGCCCAGACCGAGUUCGGUUUGAGCACCAAGGAAGCAAUCCAUAAUCUCGUAUUUAUGAUUGGGUUCAAUGCUUAUGGAGGGUUUUCAUUGUUUAUCCCUUAUUUGUUGGGUGCACUAGGAAAUGAGGAGAAUAAAGGAGUGCAAGAGCGGUUGAGGAAAGAAGUUAGAGAAAAUAUCGGGUCGGGUCUGAGUUUUGAAUCGGUUAAGAAGAUGGAUCUAGUUCAAUCUUUUGUUUAUGAGACAAUGCGGCUCAAUCCCCCGGUUCCAACUCAAUAUGGUCGAGCGAGAAAGGACUUUAUAUUGAGUUCAUAUGAGUCAUCUUUUGAGGUGAAGAAAGGGGAGCUUUUGUGCGGGUACCAACCGUUGGUGAUGAAAGAUCCGAAUGUGUUUGAAGAACCGGAUAAGUUCAAAGCGGAUCGGUUUACGGGUGAGAAAGGGAGGGAACUAUUGAACUAUUUGUUUUGGUCAAAUGGGCCUCAAACCGGGUCACCAAGUGAGUCGAAUAAGCAGUGUGCGGGUAAGGAUUAUGUUACUCUAACGGGUAGCCUUUUCUUGGCUUAUCUUUUUCAGCGUUAUGAUUCGAUUGGGUGUGAUGGGUCUUCCAUAACAACCCUAAAAAAGGCGGGUUCUUGAAUUUAAUUCAUUUGGAGAACUUAAUUGAAAUGUGUCAAAUUGAUGCUGAGUAAUAUUACCGUGAGUGAGGUUCAUCCUUUA